GGAACUACAACUCCCAGGGAGACCCGGAAGCAGCCUUGGCAACGGAGCGGUCUUUCCAGCUUUGCCUUUGUCCGGGCCUGAACCUGGAAAAUGCUGCUGGCGCCCCAGGAUAUGUCCUCUUCAAGGAAGAGGACGGGGCCGAAUCGCUGGAAACAAUUUACCAGGAAGCCGAGUCCCAAGCCUGCCUUUGACCCUGACAAUGUGGAACACUGGAUUAAGAGGGUGGAGAAAGCCUCAGAAUUUGCAGUUUCAAAAGCAUUCUCUGCUAGAAAUUCUGAUUUAUCCAGAAGGCUUUGGAGCCAUAUCAUAGAUUUAGAAACACCUGAGCAAAUAGAGGAUCAUGAUGAAGUCUAUGCAGAAGCUCAGGAGCUAGUCAACGACUGGUUAGACACCAAACUUAAGCAAGAACUAGCAAGUGAUGGUGAAGAUGCUAAAGACACGGUAUCAAAUAUCCCUUCUGUGCCGGAAGCCACUGGGCAUUCGAAAUAUGACAGGUUUGAUGAGUUAUGUGGCUAUUUGGAGGAAGAAGAGGAAAGUACCACUGUUCAAAAAUUUAUAGACCAUCUGCUCCAUAAAGAAGUGGUGGAUUCUGGAAUGUUGGAAGAUCUUGGAAUGAAUGGAAACCAAGACAAGCAGCAGCAGAAGGAUCCUCGCCUUACCAUGGAGAUGAGACAUAAGCAGGUAAAAGAAAAUCGCCUAAGACGUGAGAAAGAACUAGAGCGCCAGAGAAUUGAAAAGACCCUGAAAAAAUCAGCGUUGUUAGAGGCUCAGUAUUUGGUGCAAGAAGAGAAGAGAAAGAAGGCUCUGGAGGCCAAGAAAGAGGAGGAGGAGAUUCAAAGGGAGAUGGUAAAGCUGCGGAGGGAGAUAAUUGAGAGGAGACGCACUGUGGAAGAAGCAUGGAAAAUAGAGAAGAAAAAGCAGGAAGAAAAUUCUCAAAACAAUACAGAAGAAAGCAUCUUUCAAAGUGAUCAUAUUCUGGAUGAAGAAAAAAUGGCGAAAGAAAGAAAGAAGAAACUGAAAGAGUUAUUAAUCCAGACUUUCAAGGAAAAUCAUCAGUGUCAAAAACGGUAUUUCUCUGCCUGGCACAAGCUGAUCCUUGAUCAUAGGAUCAAGCUGGGAAAAGCUGGGACCCUGUCUGACUGGAAGUUUCAACUGAAAGUCCUGCGGGCCUGGAGAGACUACACAAGAUCCCAGAAGUUGGCACGGGAGACUCAAGCCAUGGAAAAUUACCUUAGGGAAGAAAACAGAAAACAACAACUGGCCACUGAAUAUAACCGGAAACAAGUUCUCCGACACCACUUUACAGAAUGGCAGCAUUGGCAUCGUGCAGAGAUCCUAAAGAGAGAGCUGGCGCAAACUAAGAAGGAAACCAGGAAGAGAAUGAAUGAGCUGCUGAUGGCAGCAUCACUAGGGAAACUCAGUGCAAAUGGGUCACCUGGCAUCAGUCUACUUGAGGAAGCAGCAGCCAUGGUGGAUGCACCUGUAAGAAAUGGAGAGGUGACUGGUGGGCCGCCUUUGUGGGAAAAGCCUCCCUCAGGGAGCAGUGAUUGCAUGCCCAGCCCCCACCUAGGAAGACCAACAAAGAGCAGCUUGCAUUUUCCCUUCCAGCAUGUCCCUUUGAACACAUAUGACAAUAAGCAGCACGAGACUCAGGAUGUUGAGCCGUCCCAACAGCCUGGCAGCAACAAGAUCAUCAGAACCACCAGCCAGAAAGCAGAAUCCAUGUGCAUGGGUCAUUUCCAUAACUGCCAUGUCUUCCAGCAACAAUUGAUUGAAAAGCAAAAGAAGAAACUUCAGGAACAGCAGAAAACAAUUCUAGAGCUGAAGGAAAGCCAGCGGUUAGCAGAGGCUCGGUGGGCAGCAGAGAGGGCUGCAGCAGUCACAGAUGCACAGAGCUGCCAGCUGUCAAACCCCAGAGGAAAAGAACCUAAAAGAACCUGCCAGGUGCUUCCAAACUCACCUGUUGCUUCCCCUGGAACUGAUGGUAGUAGAAGUGACUCCCAAAAUUCUCUCUCUGGAGCCAGAAGGAACCCAAGGCAGCUGAUGGCACCCCACCCCAUACUGAAAGCCAUGGAAGAGAGAGCAGUUCAGCGAGCUGAACGUAGGCGGAUCUUGGCAGAGAGGAAGAAAAAACAAGAAGAGGAGAAAUUGGCCCAGUUAAAGGCCCAAGAGGAGGACCGUCAGAAGAGGGAAGCAGAAGAAAAGGAAGCUCAGCUUAAGAAAAAACAAGAAGAGAAGAGACUGCAGAAAAUGAAAGAACUAGAGAAGCAGAAGAGAAUUAAGAGGAACCAACAGCUGGAAUCAGCAGCUAAAGAACAUUAUGAAAGAGUGUUGCUAAGAAAAAAAGGCAUGGAGCCUUGGAAAAGAUUGAGAAUGCAAAGCAAGCAAAACAUUCAGGUGGCAGAAGAACAUCACUCUUUGGCUCUACAGAGGAAAUGCCUGUUGUCUUGGCUCCAGUAUAGUCAGGAAAGCCUGGCUAGGAAGACAGCCUGGGCUGAUCAAUUUUAUUGCCAGAUACUGCUUAGGAGAGUUAUCCGGAGCUGGCUACAGUACAUGACCGAACUGGAGGAAGACAUACGAAAACUGUGUGUACAUUUUCUUCAGAAGAAGAUGUUCAGGGCCUGGUUUAACAUGGUCAGGGAGGCCAAGACUGAUUCCCAGAGCAAGCACAAGAUUGCGGUGGAACAUAGUGACAGGAGGAUUCUCUGGAUCACAUUUCAGACGUGGAAGAAGUUUGCAAACUCUAUGAAAGAGGAAAGAAUAAAAGAAGAAAGGCGAAAGCAACUCCGCAGGAAGGUAGCUGAAAUUCUCCCGGACUUCCAGAUGCCCGCACCACCGUGACUCCCGUGGCAGCAGCAGACGCAGGCCCUCGUGUCCCAGGAGUCCUUGGGGGACGGUGUGCACGUGCAGUGCGGCAUGUGGGAUGGCCAUCCGCACAUACGUGCAUAUGCCUGCUUUGUGUUCUGUCAAAUACUUCUUGGACUGGAGGAAUUAUCUGGGGAAUUUUCACUUCCUUCUUUGACUCUUCUUGGAUUGCUAAUUCAUUAAAGCAUUUAUCACAGCAGGAGCAUUCAGAAGAACAGUCUAAAGCUCAACUGUUCAAAUGUAUCCUAUAUAUUUUUAGCAUCAUAAACUUUAAAAGGGGACAAGUGUUUGCUUGCCUGAGUCUUUGAAGGAAAACGUGUCCUUAUGGUUUAACAUUGGUCGUUGACAAAUGUACCUUCGAUAGAAUUGAAAGGUAGCGAGUAUUUGGAAAAGGAGUCACAGGUGCUCAGUUAUCUAGAAGGUCAGCAUCAGCAAUAGACAUGCUGCAAGGCCCCAUCCUUCUGCCCACCCCUGAUGGAAGAGCACGUAUCAGAUGGACUUCCAUGCAGCUGUGGCAAAGGGCCGGCAGCGGACCCUCAUUUCAGAGAAACUGCGGCAUCGGAGAUCCCUCCUUUUGGAGCAUCCUGACCAGCGUGAAGGGGAUUCCAAAAGCCGACAGCUCCAUCAGAAGCAGUCUGGAAGUUCGUUAACGUGUGUGUUCAUGCUCACAGCUGCGGCUUCUAGGUAAUACACCCGGUCUGUCUUCUAGUCUUCAGCUCAGUUUGAUCCAUGUACGGAGAUACUUCUCUCUGAUUCAAAGAAGGAUUUACCUUUAAGGUGCAGAAGACUAUAAACACUGAAAAAUGCUCUCCUGUGGACUGUCUGAAUUACAUGCUAGAAAAAAACACUUCCUCACAAACAACAGGUUUACUGUAACAAAUCUAAGUAUAAUAGAGAAGGGCACCCAGUAAAACCAGAAGGCCCCUUGCAGCUCCGAGGUCACUACUGUUGUUUGGUAACUGGAAAUUUUAAGCUGGUAAAAUAAAACCGCGUUUGCUGUUCAAGAAACCGCUGUUGUCUCUCGCUCCCUAGAAGGGACGUGCUGCACAGCCACCCCCAUCCUUUGUCUCCGGAACACAUGUGAGGAUUUACUCAGAACUGACAAAACGCCCUCGACCGAACUUUAUUUCUUCUACAGAGUCCCUGUCCCCAUGCAUCCUUUCCUUUCAUGUGAGUAUCCAGGUGUCAGCUAAAAACUCUUUUUAAGACCAAUAGGCACCAAAGAAAGUGGGACUGAAACGAA